AUGGGGACCAAGCAUCUUCUUCUUCUGCUGAUCUACUUAGACCCGCUCGGCGUUCUGUGCGCCGACGCGCAGAAGAAGAGCAAAGGCGCGCCGAGGAGGAACCAGAAGAUGCGGGAGGCGGGCGUCAAUAGCACCGCCCUGCCGCCGGCGCGGGUGGUGACCCAGGUGCAGGCGCCCUCGGUGGGCGCCCACGACACCUGCCUGGGGUACUACGACGUCAGCGGGCAGUUGGACAAGGAGUUCGCCUGCAACAACACCGACCACCGGUUCUGCUGCGGCAGCUGCUUCCUGCGCUUCUGCUGCGCGGAUAAAGGGAAGCGGGUGGAGCAGAAGACCUGCACCAACUACAACACGCCGGACUGGAUCAAAACCCAGCCCCCGUCCCCGGCGCCCACGGGGGACGUCUACGACCCGGAACUGGACCAGACCAACACCACGGUCUACAUCACCUGCGGGGUCAUCGCGCUCAUCAUCGCCAUUGGGAUUUCCGCCAAAGUCGCCUACGACAAAGCCACCAAGCCCCCACAGGAGAUGAACGUCCACAGAGCCCUGGCAGACAUUCUGCGGCAACAAGGACCUGUUCCUAUAUCUCAGUAUGAGCACGAAGACAUCGCGAUCGAUGGGUCGCCCAAAGACGAGACACCUGUUCGGACCUCCAAGAACCAUUACACCCCUGUUCACACCAAGCCAUCAAAUCACGGGCACUAUGGGAAGGAGAACUUCCGCAGCGCGAGUCAAGACAUGCACAACUUCAUCUCCUCUGGGUUUGUGACUGUUGGACGUAGCCACUUGAAAGCGCAGCACUCGAUAGAUGAUUUGGGGCAGAUGUCCUGGCAAGGCGAUCUGGACGUCCCUAUCUCUUACAGUAACCAUCAGCAUGAUUACCAACACAGCCAUCUGGAUCUCACGGCGCUCACACCGAAACUGGCCCACAGACACAUUAGAUGCGAGAGACCCCAGCGGAUGAACAACAUACUGACCUCGGCCACAGAGCCCUACGACCUGUCUCUCUCCAGAUCCUUCCAGAAUCUCAGCCACCUGCCGCCCUCCUAUGAGCUGGCCAUGAAGUCUGACAUGAGUGAUAAGGAUGUGGAGGACUACUACAUGAGGAAACACCAUCAUGACUUUGGAGGACGGGGACCGACCCACAUGGUGAAGCUGAACGCUGACCCCUCGCAGCAACAACAAAAACACCAGAAGCCCCGCCGCGUCCAGAGGGCCAUGUCCCAGGACCACGUCCUGUCGCCCCCCAGGACACCGCGCCGUGGGAACUAUGGCCUGUCAUCAUACGGUGUCAUGGCGGCGGCCGCCUACGGGAGUAGCCGCCACCUCUCAGAGGAGCAGCUGCUGUCAGCGGAUCGCCUUCACUCCCAGGACCCCUUGCUGUCCCCCGCCAUGCGGCGUGACAAGUUCCGGGAGAAGGCCAUGGCAAGGGCAUUGUCUCACGCAGAUAUGCUCAUGCCGACCACGCCGGUUAUGGACCGCCACAAGAUGACCAAGAUGCACUCUCAUCCCAGUACCUCCAGUGAUUCCCACAACAAACUGACGGUUAACCACCAGACCACCUCCAAGAGGCAGGCGUUUGCCUCGCGACGAACACACACGGUGGAUCACCUACAGUUCAUCCCAGGCCACCACCAUAACUACCGCACUGCCAGUAAAAAUGAGGUAACUGUUUAA